AUGUUUUGUCACAAAGGAAUGGAGACAUUUGUGAAACUUCCUGAAUUUCAAAAGCUGAACAUUGGUUUUGCCCUUGAUGAAGGUUUGGCAAACCCAACCAAUGCCUAUACUGUCUUCUACGGAGAAAAGAACCCCUGGUGGAUCACAUUCCACUGUCCAGGAAGUCCAGGUCAUGGUUCCAGGUUUGUGGAGAACACCACAGCAGAGAAACUAAAACACAUGGACCAGAAUUUCACAUCCACAGAGGAGAGCGACCCCUGGUGGCAUGUGUUUAGCUCCACCUGCAAAGCCAUGAACAUGACUGUGAAAAAGGAAAUCUUCCCUGCUGCCACAGACAGCCGCUUCAUCAGGGAAGAGGGUCUUCCUGCCAUUGGCUUCUCUCCGAUGAAUCUCACUCCCAUCCUGCUUCACGAUCAUAAUGAGUAUCUGAAUGAGCAGGUGUUCCUGCGGUCCUUCCAGGUGUACGAGUGUCUGGUCCCGGCUCUGACCAGUUUGUCGCCUCUCUCGCUCCUCCUCUCCUGGUUCGGUGUCUCACAGCUGCUUCUGCUCCUCGCGGUUCUGAGGGGCUGA